AAUAGAGGACUUUCUUCUACGUAUACGUAUAUGUCCGUACAUACAUACGAAGUAAAAAUCAUAGGUCGGUCACGAGUGCGUCGAUCGUCUAGCUGAUGGUGGUCCUGUAGUCCGGAAGAGUGUACUACGAUCAAUUAAUCCCAUGGACGUAGAUGAUUACAAAGUGAAUCACACCAAGCCUAUGUCCAAGAAGGAAAAGUUGGAUACGCUCGCAAGGAUACGGAAAGAACCAUUGACCAUCACCAUUUCAAAUUACAGCAUCGAUCGUUACUUUGCCACAGAGCCGUUGGUGAAUCGAAACAACUUUGACACGGGAUAUUUAUACGAUGAUAUGCGCGUGAACGUGCCAUCUACAUUUAGGGAGUUACCCGGCAAAGUAGCGAUUCUUCAUGGUCAGACUCACGAAGGCCACGAGAUGUUCAAGGGUAAGGGCGGACAAAACGUAGCGAAUUGCAUGAUGGCUAUAGCUAUGAACAAGGUGCAUCCAGCGCAGACAUGGACGAGAUCAAAGCUGGACGAGAUCCUGAUGCUGGGUGACUCGCUGUACGCUAAUAUCAAAUCUGACAAGCCGAUAAUAAAGACGAUGACGGCUGCCGAUUUAAAUGAUACAAAGUUCCAAAUAGAAGAUCGUAAACUAGUGACAAAUGUCGAUCUCAUCACCGUGACCGGUACGAUUAGCUCGAAGAUUCCGUCGGUUUUGAACCUGAAGCAAGCGCUGGAAGAGUUUUUUCUGCUGAACAAGGAGGGUGUAAUCGAAACCACAUCAAUGGCAGUGGCGAUCUGGAGCGAGGAUAGCUGUUACUAUUUGUUCGAUCCUCGACAAUGCGAUAGUACCGGCAUCAGGAUAAGAGAAGAGAAAACUACCAAAGUUAUGGGGAGGGUUAGAAAAGAAGAAACCAUACAGAAGGAUAAGAAGGAAAUUGGAAAUUGCUGCGUGAUUCGAUUUCUGGACGUGGACUCCUUGGCUGCACUGUUCCUGAAGAACGUUGAUCCUACGAGAAAGAAUGACCGAUUCAUUAUCCGGCAUGUCACGAUCGAGGACGACGUGCCCGGCACUCGAGCUUGGAACGAAUUUCAGCCCGGUACAGCGGGUAAGACGUGGGUGUUGCGAGGAGGAAUAUCCAACAUGGACGAAUCGUUCUUAGAGGAAAAUCAAGGACUUCAAGGACUUGCUAUACCAGUUGUGGCCUUGGUGAGCGCGAAGGAAACGCCAGCGGCAAAAUGGAGUAGCGAGACCGUCGACGAAGUGAUUAAAGAGGGCGACGCCUAUUACAACUGGUGCAAGUCUGCCGAAGCAGAAGAAGAAACUGACAGGUUGUUUCUUGUUCGAGACCUAAAGAAAAACUUGUAUUUCAAAAAUCGAAAAGUAACCAUCGAUGUCGAAGAAGCGACGGUUAUCGGCGAUUUAUCGGCAACGGACGGGUCUAAACUGCCAAAUCUAGAAGAGGGACUGCGCCAAUUCUUGGAGAGCAAAAAUUAUGGAAUAGUCGAGACAGGGAAACUUACGGUGGCGGUGUGGAAAGAGGAAGAAGACAUUAAGAACAAGAAUAAGGACAAGGAUAAGGACAAAAGAGAGACAUUUUACUACUAUUUCGACCCGAACCCUCGUGAUGCAUUAGGUCAAUUGUCGGCGGAAACAGAUGAAGAGAAUCCUGCCUGCUUGGUACGCUCUUCGGAUCUAUCAACGUUAGCGAAUCUCAUUAAGAAGAAUGCAGAGCAAGAUGUUGAGGGCGUGAACGAUUUUAUGAUACACGAACUAAAGAAUGUCUCCAUUGGCGCGCUGAUGACGAACGAAGAGAUCAAGGUGGACAAAGAAAAACUGAUCGUGCCGGAUUUGAAUAAUUAUUCCAAUUUGGGCAACACUGGCGCUUUACUUUUGGGUACGAUCGAUCAGAGAAACGAAGCGGCCUUUAAACGACGGACGAGAGAUAAACAGCAGGCGGCAAACUCUCUAACGGCUUUGGCAAUGACAAAACUUUACGAUCCUCAUCUGUGGUAUCGCGAACUCGUAGACGACAUCUUGAGAAUCGGCGAUAAACUCACCAUCGAGAACCUGACGAAUCUACCUGAAGUUGCGAUUGAGGAGAAAUCUCCUAGGGAUUAUCCUCUCCCGUCGGAAAUCGCGGAAGACUUUGUCAUAGGGGUCAAUCGAAUGUUGAUCGACCUUGAAGAAGAAUCCAUCACCGAGAAAAUGACUGACGUGACGAGAGUGCUGGAACAUUUUUUCGAGGGAUAUACGAUGGGAGUAUUUCGUCAGGGUGAUGUGAUGAUGCCGAUUUGGAGGGAGGGCAGAGUGUUUUUCACGAUGGAUCCUAGGGGCAGGAACGCUCAAGGUGAACCCAAAGAUAAGGAUGGAGCUGCGGCAGUAAUGUGGUUCACCGACAUCCCCUCGUUAGCCGCCACCCUUCGAGUAGUUGCACGGGAGACUGAUGACUUUGUCAUAGACGCCAUUUCGAUCGAGAACGUAUACGAGACGCGAGUGGCCAAAGCACAACGUAUUAAGAAGACGACUUCCGAUGAAGAUUUGUGGCAUCAUUUUCCCAAACUCGUCGACGAUGUCUGGAGUAUCGAGGGUAACGUCACUAUGACGGACGAGCAGUUCGACGAGGCAAAUCGCGGCAAGCAAAGUGCAGCCAUCGCCGCGAUGGCCAUUGUCUUCUCCAAGGUCUAUCAACCAAGACAGUGGACAUCGUCAGUUCUUAAUGAAGUUAUCGUUACUGGCGACAAGCUGCACUCGAAGUGUGUUGAGAGACUCGGCAGCGGUUCGGUACCCCUAGUAAACGAAAUCAUUAACGAGUUCUUCUUAUCUUCUCGACGCAUCGCUCUAACGAUCAAGGACUGUGUUGAAGCGGGUAAUCUUACCGGGAGACCUCCCAAGAUUCAAGAUUUGCAGACCGGAAUCGACAGUUUCUUCAACAAGUACGACGCUGGCGCGUUGACCGCACGGGGAAACCAAAAUCUGGCCAUAUGGAAGGCCGAUAACGCAUACUACGCUCUGAUACCCGAUUGGUCUAGUACAGCGGAGGAAAUUGUGUCAACGGUACCGCGAGUGAUGAGGUUUAAAGAUACGAGUCUUCUCGUAGAAUAUCUUCUACGCCACUUGGGAACCGAAGGCGAUUAUCAAAUUACCGCGAUCGACGUGCUGGACUGGGAUAAACCGCCACUUUCGAAGCUUGAUCCUAGUCCGGCAAUUCGACCGGCGAAUCUGCCUCCUUUGAACGCUUACAGAAAAUUACGAGGCGAGGCGCGUGCUAUCUUGCGCGGAAGCUAUCAUCAGGGCGACGAGAUCUUUCCCGAGACACUGCGCGGCCGACAGACAGCAGCGAAUUGCGUUGUUGCGCUCGGCAUGUCGGUUGUCAAGAGCCCCGUUACCUGGACGAAGAAGACUAUGGACGAGAUUUUGGCGAUUGGCAGUAGCGUUCACCUGGAGACAAGAAAGUUCAGGCCCACCAAGACGAGACCGAAACCGAAGGACAUUAUAAGAGUAUUCUAUGUAGGUGUCAAUAUUUUGACCGCUGACGUCGAGCCUGAUACCGUUACUGGUCUAGUGGCAGUUGUACCUUCUGCCUCGGAAGACAAGAUGGGACGAGAAGAAACGAAAGAAAAGAUCGACAAAGGCAAGAAGAAAGAUCGUUCUCGACGAGAACUACCUCCUUCUCCAAUUUUACUCGAGGAAGGCUUGCGGAAAUUCUUCCAAGAAGAUAAUUGCGCUGGCAUUCUAGUAACCGAUCGCGGUAUGAUCGCCAUUUGGAAGGAUCUGGGCGUUUACUUCAUGUACGAUUCUAGAGCCAAAAGUGAUCAGGGUCUGCCGGAUUCCCGCGGAACCUCGUGCGUAAUGUGGUUCGCUUGCAUGGAACCUUUGUACGAUUCAAUCCUCGCGAACAUCGAUCCACAGGAGAGACACGGGACUUUCGAGAUCUGUCGAGUGAUCGUGAAGAACGUCGUGUUCGAGACGUUGCCGUGUCCAGGUGGUUUUCGACCGUAUUUAGACCAUAUCAUGCCACCCGUCCCAAUUUUCUGCCCGAUAAAAACAAUCACGUUGAACGUGAAGCCGGUGAGCGAGUACAAUGUCGUGGACGAGGAGUUGAGUGUUCUACGUGGCAGCCUGCACAUAAAUCAUCGCUCCUUCAGCCUGAGAAACAGGGGUCUACAGAGUACGGCGAUCGCGGCGGUCGCGGUUGUAGUGAGUCUGUUACACGUGCCAUCCACGUGGACCUCCGAGUUGAUCGACGCCGUGCUCAGACACGGUGACUCGCUGCACACGGACAGUGCUCGAAUUGCUCGAUCGGGCGACAGGAACCUUUCGCCUAGCGAGUUGCUCACUAUGUUCAUUGUGGGCGACUCGAGGGUCACCGUUCACAUUGACCAUCGCACCACCGCGGGUAUACUUCACGUCUUCGAUCUGUCCGAGGCGCUCGCGAUGUUCUUCCGCGCGAACUGCGCUGGAAUAUUGCACACGACCAACCUGGCGGUGGCCGUGAUGCAGCAUUGCAGUAAAUUCUACAUGUUCGACCCGUGCUCAAGAAACGAACGGGGUGGACCGGCCUACGACGGCGCCGCAUGCAUGUUCAGGUGUAGCAGUAUUGCAAGGAUGGCCAAGAUAUUUGUCGCCAAUUGCAAUCUCAAGCAGCCGAACGUGUACACUCUGAACGCGGUCAACGUCAAGUGCCUAAAUUUUUUUUCGACCACGAGAGACGUUAGUAGAGACGUAGUUACACUUAAACGUUAACAUAUCGAACGUAUUUCUGGUGAAAAUUUUUCUCAGAAUAUUUGUACGAAUUGGUACACUUUUCAGAAAUACUGAGAAAGUUUACUUUCCUUAGAAUUUUUCAUAUAUGUGAAUAUUUUGAAAUAUUAUAUUUCUGAGAUUUUAUUACAUAAUUUCUGAAAAAAUAUCUUAAACUUUUUCAAAUCUUAUAAGAUCACGUCUGAAAUUAUAGAAUGGGCAAUUUAAGAAAUCUCAGAAUAUUUCAGAAUUCAUCCAUAUAAAAAAUUCUAAAAAAGAUGUUAACUUUUUUCUGCACUUCUAAAAAGUGUACUACA